AAACGAUCCUCACCGCAACCGCAAUCCCCCCGCGUCGCCGUCGCCUCUUCACCCCUCCUCUCUCCAGCCUCACACUCUCGGCGCAUCGCUCAUCUAUCCUAGAGACGGAUUAAAGCGUCCUAACCGCUACCAUGGCGGCGCCUGUUCCCAUCAGUGAAGUUAAGGGCAACACCCGCGAGAGUCGGACGGCUGCGCAUUCACACAUUAAAGGGCUAGGCUUAUCAAAUGAUGGGCGCGCAUCCUCAGGUGCGGGAGGCUUCAUCGGCCAGGCCGCAGCUCGAGAGGCCUGUGGACUAGUCGUCGACCUCGUUCGCGCAAAGAAGAUGUCCGGACGAGCUGUUCUCCUUGCUGGCGGCCCUGGAACGGGCAAGACGGCCCUUGCCCUGGCAGUGAGCCAGGAGUUAGGGACCAAAGUGCCGUUUUGUCCCAUCGUCGGCAGCGAGAUCUACUCUGCAGAGAUAAAGAAGACCGAGGCGCUGAUGGAGAACUUCAGACGCGCUAUAGGCCUACGUGUCAAGGAAACUAAGGAGGUCUACGAGGGCGAGGUGACUGAGCUCACACCCGAAGAGGCAGAGAACCCGCUCGGGGGCUAUGGUCGCACUAUUUCCCAUCUCCUCAUUUCCCUCAAGUCCGCAAGAGGCACGAAGAAGCUACGGCUAGACCCAUCCAUCUACGAAGCCAUCCAAAAAGAACGCGUUCGCCUGGGGGACGUCGUCUACAUCGAAGCCAAUACCGGCGCUGUGAAACGAGUGGGUCGAUCUGAUGCCUAUGCGACUGAGUUUGACCUGGAGGCUGAGGAAUACGUCCCGAUUCCUAAAGGAGACGUGCGCAAGAAGAAGGAGAUUGUGCAGGAUGUGACCUUGCACGAUCUAGAUGUUGCCAACGCGCGACCACAGGGUGGGCAAGACAUAAUGAGUAUGAUGGGCCAAUUGAUGAAACCGAAGAAGACGGAGAUCACGGAAAAGCUGCGGCUAGAGAUCAAUAAAGUGGUCAACAAGUACAUUGAUCAAGGUGUGGCAGACCUAGUACCGGGAGUACUAUUCAUCGACGAGGUUCACAUGCUCGACCUAGAAGCCUUUACUUUUCUAAACCGUGCCCUCGAGUCCCCUCUGUCCCCUCUAGUAAUCCUGGCCUCAAAUCGCGGCCUCACUCACAUCCGCGGAAGCUCUUCCUUGCCUCCUUCAGCGCACGGUAUUCCUCCGGACUUGCUUGCUCGUCUCCUGAUUAUUCCUACGCACCCGUACGCUCCCCCAGAGAUUCGAUCCAUCAUCAAGACCCGGGCCAAAACAGAAGGUCUCAACAUAUCAGAACCUGCUCUUGACAAAGUCAGUUUGCUGGGUGAGAAAGUGAGCCUGAGAUAUGCGCUGCAGUUGCUUGCGCCUGCAAGCGUGCUGGCCAAGGUUGGCGGAAGGGAGGCUGGACGAAUCGAUGUGGACGAUGUCACUGAAUGCGAGGAGUUGUUCUUAGACGCAAAGAGGAGCGCGCAAAACUUGGGAACCGGAGAUGGCUACAUUGCGUAGGGUUGUUGGCAGGUCUCCUGUUUUGGUCGUGUACGAUAGGCGCAAUCUGGAAACAAGGGAUGGCAUAAUCUUUGCGAGGAUAUCCUUUAUUAGUUAAAAGGACGUAGUACCAAUAGUGAACAAAAACGC